AAUUUGUGUUAUAUUGGGUCGCGUUAUAUCGAGGUAGAGGUGUGUAUGAUGAUUGUGUGUGUGCGUGCACACACACACAUGUAUAUAAUCAUUCCAUAAUACUGUGGCUCUUUAGCAAUGUACAUUGGUAAAUUCUGGCUCAUUCUCAGGCUUGGGUUGGCCAUCCCUGGGUUAGGGGAAGAGAGAGAGAGUGAGAGAGAGAAACAUUUAUAAAUAGGAAAAUGUGGUUGCAAAACAACAAAUUGUUUUAGGGAGUUGAGCAUGUGUGGUAUCUAUAACUAGUUUUAAUUCUUCUCUUACAUUUGGCAUCCAUUUAUUCUCUAACAUUUGUCAAAGUUGAGAAAUGUAUGAAUUACCCUUGGGAAGAGUAUGUUUACAUAUUCUUUUGUAAUAGUGAUAUUUUGCUGACUGUUUUUAGUGUUCUGCUUUUUGCAGGUGACAACUGGCAUUUGAGAAGAAUCGAUUGGUGCUAUGAAGCUGGAGAAGCAUUAAGUGAGGAAGGUGCCAGACUGAAGGAGCUUAAUGUCUGCAGUGGAGAUACUUUGGUCAUAACUGAAGGGAAACUGCCACCCAAGGGAUUCCUGAAAGUGCCCAUCUGGUGGUACAAGCCUUUGAUGCAUUUUGGACAGCAAGAGAGCAUGCAGGAUCAAGUGAACUGCAUGAUGGGGACAUUGCGAGUAUCUCCAGCAGGAGGUGAGUUGUAGGUGUUCAGAAGUAAAGAUUUCCAAGAACUUCUUGAGUAGAGAGAGUUGCCUUUUGCAAAACCAAAUGGCCAGCCCAUAUUUACCAAUUAGGCAACAAUAUUUGUAGAAUAUCUUCUUGAAGGGCCUGACGUUUUAUGGGUUGUACAAUCUUCUUCUGAUCCUUGUAGUAGGAAGAGAACCUAAGUAGGAAGAGAGACCUUGUAUUAGAGGCACGGUAUGAGGCAGGACCUGCUCACAGAAUCUGGCAAGAACAGGGCUAAUAAUGC